UGCACACUUUCCCCCUUGGCCGUUUUAUCCAUUUGAAAACUCCUUCCCUUUGUUUUUCCCGUGCCGCUUCCCGGUCUGUCUCGUCCCCUCGCCUUCCUCGUCCGCUGCGUGUGUCGUCUUGCCCUUGUCGAUGCCAGGCAGUUUUCCCCGUUCUCGCUCACCGCGUUCAAACAGUGUUUGUUGAGUUGCUUUCCCCUGUUGUUCUUUCUUAUUUGUUUGUAGUAUCUCUCCUCGUUUCGCUUCCAAAACUCCUCCAAACUCCCCCCGCGUUGGCCCUUGCUUCCCCGCCGCCUCGUCCACACUCGGGGUUUCCUGUCUACUUCACAAAAACCGAAGAAAAGAGGGGGAAAAGCGAAAGCGCACUCCAGUGGUGCACGCCGAAGGGGGAGAAACUCGCUCUGGGUUACGUCGCAGCCUUACUGCAACGAAGAAAACCAUGAAACUUGAGAGGCCUUGACAAGGAGGCGUCCACAGUUCGCCGGCUCGAAGAAGGCUGAGGAAGCACCGUCUGCUUGACACGCAUGCCAGGUGUCUACGCUUCUUUUCCUUCUUCCUUCGCUCUCUCCGUGCUGUUCUUCCGUUUUCUACUUCCCCACUCUCUCUCUUUCUCUCGCCUCUCCUUUUCAGUUCUAUCUCCCUCGAGUUUCGUCUCUCUCUCCCCUUUCGCCUCGACGCCCCGCGCGCGUCUUGUCUUUCGUCGCCUUUGCUCCGAUUCCCUCUGAUUUGGUUCACCAUGGCCGACACCGCAGCUGUACCUGGGGGGUCUUCUGGAGGUGGACCUGCAGGCGACGCCCAGGCGCCUCCGCAGCAGAGCUUUCUAGGUCGAAUCGGCAAUCUCAUGAUGCAAGUCAUGCUCUUUCAAGCAGUCAUGCAGCUGGUCUCGAACUUCACUGGAAGCCGCCCAAGUCUCUCGCCAAGUGCUCCAACAGGCCCCGAUGGAGCGGAGACUGGCGCCUUGCCACCCUCGUGGGCGGGCAUGCCGGGAAACGUCGUGCUCCACAACUACUUUCCUCCGUCUACAGCGUUUGACGUGUACAUGCACCUCGCGUAUGUGACCGUACCGGUGCAUUCCCAAGCGCCAGAGGCGCCACCCGAGUCCCCAGCGACUGUCUCCUCGCUUUUCUCGAGUUUCUCUUCCUCGCUGAAGCAGUUCGCGCCUCCGACAGGCGCAGCGACCGCGAGCGGAAGCCGAAACUCUUUCCCCGUUCGUGUGCCACUCUCGCUUCUGCUGGACCGAGCACAGAAGACCAAAAGCAAGACAGCACAACCAGAGGUGGAGGACAGAGAAGGCACUGAGGAGCAAGACGAUAUUCUGAUUGCAGUCGAACGGGGACAGCUCUUCGGGGUGCGCGAGUCCGGCGAGAAGGAACUGGUUCGCAUCUCCAAAGACGUUGUGGAAGCCUGGAAAGUCUUCAACGCGACCUACACGUACGACCGGUGGAGCUCAAGUCCGGAGACAAACGUCACCUUCACGGCGCCUCUCGCAUUCCUCGCGCAGCCUGCGUCGAGGUCUCAAACAGGGGGCCAGGAGAGGAGAGAAGCUGCUGGCGGCGAGGUCAAGGAACAGACAGCGCUCUGCCUCAUCACCACGGUCGUUCCGCACUGGGCCUACAAGGCAAAGGGCAAGCUCCCGGAGAUCUGGAAGACGGAGGUCGUGCCUGAGAUCGAGGAAUCGCAGACGCUGCAGAGAGUGACGUCUCUGAUGCAUGCGAUGCCAAUCGUCACCAACGAGGAGGAAGAACACUCGCUGCUUCUGGGGGGUGAAGUGGAGGAGCGGAAGAAGAAGAGCGAAAAGCAGGACUCCGAGCCACUCGUCUGGCACAUGAAGAACCGCAUGGAUGUUGUGCUGGUCUUCGACUCUUCGCAGCAUUCUCCUCAAAAUCUCAGAGUUGGGCCGAUGCAGAACAUCGCCAUUCGUCCAGCCGACGCCGCCUACGACCCUGUUCUCUUUCACUCGGACUUCUGGCUGCUGGAGCGCAACUUUGUUCCCCUCAAUGAAACUCUUGCUGGUCUCCCACUGAAUCUCACUCUUAGCUUUGGAAUCGGCUCUGUUCACGGCUGGCUCGUUCAAGAGCAACUGGGCGCCGCGUUUGAGCAGCAGCAGCGCAUGGGCUUGCAGUCGAACCGGGAGGCGAUGAUGUUCAAGCGAAUCAUCAUUGAAACCAAUCCAUUCAUGCUUGCGUUCUCCACUGCGUUCAUUCUCCUGCACUCCGUCUUCUCGUUCUUUGCUUUCAAAAACGACAUGCAAUUCUGGUACAAGAACGACUCCAUGGAAGGCCUCUCUGCCUUGUCUCUCAUCUUCAACUUUGUCUGUGAGAUCAUCAUCGGCCUGUAUCUUUUCGACAGCGGCGAGACCUCGUGGUUGAUUCUGUUCGAGAUCUGCUUGGGCAUCUUGCUUUCGGCGUGGAAAGUGACGAAGGCGGUAAAACUUUCGCUUCGUCCUGCUUUUCCCUACAUCCAUGUGGACUUCAUGAAGAGCUACACAGAAUCCCACACACAGGAAUUCGAUUCAGUGGCGAUUCGGUGGAUGUCGAUCAUCCUCGCUCCUUGCGUUGCUGGCUACGCGGUCUACGCUCUUCUGAACAACAAAUACCGAUCCUGGUUCUCCUACAUCAUUUCCGUUCUUGCAGGUUCCGUGUACACUUUCGGUUUCAUCACAAUGACUCCGCAGCUGUAUAUCAACUACAGGCUCAAGUCUGUGGACCAUCUCCCUUGGAGAGCUUUGGUGUACAGGUCCCUGAAUACGUUUGUCGAUGACGUUGCUUCCUUCCUCAUCGACAUGCCGUGGAUGCAUCGUCUUUCGUGCUUCCGCGAUGACAUCAUAUUCAUCUGUUACCUCUAUCAGCGUUGGAUUUACAAAGUGGACAAGAGCCGCACCCUGGGGGCUGCCCCUGCUCCAACCGCCGAGCUUCAGCAGUUGCACAGGGACGACGAUCUUCAGCAGCCUGGUUCUGAGGAGAAGAACGAAGAAGAGACACGUGCCAAGGAAGAUGGUAACGAGAGUCCAACAGCUUCCGCUUCGGCGCUGGCUGGUGCCUCGAGGUCGUCCGGCAAGACGCCCGGUGCCGCAUGCAAACGCAACUAUAGACCACAGGAAACGCCAACAGACGUAAUGUGAAUUCGGGGCAAGAAAGAAGGAAGAAAAUAAAGACGAGCGAGCACGCGGACUCCUCGGUUCCCUCGUUCGAGCUAGCGACUGCGGGAGAACCACAUCUUUGGCCCGAGAUUCGAAACGCGGAAGUAACUCGAGUCGAUGCCUCGCUAGAUGGCGACCAGAAAAGAAAACGAGUGAACUCUUGAAAGCAGCACCCUGAGGAGACAGCCAGGAAAGAAGGGACAGGAAGAAACUCGAGAGAAGCGGCAGGAGACUGUCACAGCUCGUCGACCACACAGCUAAACUGCCCGCCCUCUUUCAUUAAGUCCCGUGUUUGAACGACGUCCGGGAGUGCCUUUUUCUUUUCGUUUCCCGACGUAGCAGCGAACCUAGCUGAAUAUUCCAGUUUCGCUUUGAGUUCAUAACUCCUUCGUUCUCUCUCUUCCGCCCGUCAGUUCCCUUCCCUGGUGUCUUCGUGACAUUUUAUUAAGUUCUAUCGCGCCACUCGGACUUUGUUCCUGGCACCCUUUUGUAGCUAGGACUCCUUGACGAGUCAGUCAGAUUGACGAGGUCGGC